AACUACUAGUUUACCAAUCAAGAAUGGGCUAUUCCCCAAAAGGGAUUCCCUUGUUUUGGACGUUUUAAAAGCAUUUUCGCUGUUUAACCAUAUCUUAUUAUUAGGACAGUAAAUAUCAACUUUAACAUAGACAAGAAGGUAGGGGGAAAUAUCGUAAGGAUGCCUUCAAUGAAGUUGCUCUCUAGCGAUGCGAUCACUCGUUUGAUGAGUAUUCUGCUCAAAGUACCAGCGUUGUUUAUCGCUGAAGCUUGGUACAGAACUAAUCCAGAUGAUCUUACCACGGAGUAUUCUAAAAGAAUUCAAGAAAUGAACAUUCGACAUUCUCAUGAAGAGUUAUUUGUCAUGAUUAUGUACUAUGGGUCCCUUUUAUUGGCUGCUGCUGUUCUUAUUCUACCAUUGAAACGACUAGUCACACUGUACAAGCAUAUUGCCAGCGCUUUAUUGCUCAUUGCCGCACAUUUUUUAUCCCAAAUUUAUGUGCAGGAGGAGCAGACAUCCUCAAUUAAGAAUGUACUUGAUGAUAUUAAAAGUUUGCAAAGAAUUGGUGUACACCUGAUGGGGCAAUGCUGUUUAGCCGCAACAAUUUCUUACCUAAUUCAGUUGAAUUCUGCGUUUCGUAUCAGUUUGCUGGUCUACGCUCUUCCUAUUGUUGGUCGAAUUUUGGGAUUCGAGACGAAUCAAUUGCAGCGUUUACAUAAUUCAGCGUUCAUUAUAGCAAUAUUCUUGGUUGUGUCUUUUCUAUUCAAUAACGUUCCGAAAGUGCUUGAUAAAGUUCGGCUUGAAUUAGCUAGAGCUUUUUUAGCUGUUCAAGUAAUUGGAACGGUUCCAUUUGUUAUUGCCAUGUUGAUGCAGUUGCUAAUUCCAGUUCAGUUUCUCACUUUUUGGCUCUUAUUAUUUGCCGUACAAGCCUAUAAGUAUGUAGGAGGAGCUUGGCUGAUUUCCAAACGAUGGCUAGUCCUUCUUUUAGCUAGUGUUGUAGAUUCUUGUCAAACGCCUAUCAGUCUUGUUGGUCUAUGUAUAACCAUAUCGUAUGUUUCAUAUCUUGUUAUAACCGUUUCGAGAAUGUUUUUGCAAGGAAAUAGAAGACCAAUAGCUGACAAUACUUCUUCUAAUGGAUGGACAGAAGGACUUACGAUGUUUCUCUUAGCCGUUCAGACUGGAAUGAUUGAGUUGAAACAACAAGAGAGAGCAUUCCUUAUGGUAAUUAUUUUGUUUAUAGUCUUAUCUUCGUUAAUACAAUCAGUCUACGAAAUGACCGACCCUCUACUUUUGACUCUGGGAGCGUCUCAAAAUAAGUCAGUGUUCAAACACGUGAGAGCAGUUGCACUUUGUACAAUUUUAUGGUUAGCACCUUUAUAUAUGACCAGAGCAAUUUGCAAACAAUUUGACCUGGAUUUUUGGUUAUUAGUGGUUGUGUCGAGUUGCGUGUUGACUUCCGUUCAAGUGUUUGGAUCCCUCUUUGUCUAUGUGUUAUUUAUUUACGAUGCUAUACGAGCAAGACCAAUGGCAAGUUUAGACGAUGUCGUCUAUUACGCGAAGGCAGCUACCAGAACUCUGGAAUUUUUGGUCGCAGUCUUUGUUGUUGCCUACGGAAUCAGAGAAACUUUGUUCGGAGACUGGAGUCUUGUUAAUACGUUCAUACUAAUUAUACAUUGUUAUUGCAAUGUAUGGUUGAGAUUGCAAUCAGGUUGGAAAAGCUACCUACAAAGAAGAGAAGCUGUAAAAAGAGUCAGCUCCUUGCCAGUAGCUACAGACGAGGAAUUGGAGGAGUUCAAUGAUGUUUGUCCAAUUUGUUAUAACAAAUUAACCUCUUCGGCUUGCUCAACUCCAUGCAAACAUUACUUCCACGCACUAUGUCUUAGAAAAUGGUUUUACGUGCAAGAUUCCUGUCCACUGUGCCAUUCCAAGAUUGACAUAAAGCAAUGA